UAGUACUUGUGUUUGUGUGCACUCCUCCAGUUGUGUCUCCUUCUGUGCAGAGAGCUUUAGGAAGUCUGCAGCCUCUUGUCCUUGAAGAGUUCCUGGGAGCGGUGGAAGGCUUUGGGGCUUUCAGCUCUGGACCCGAGCUGCAGGAUAUGCUCCAACUGUCUAACUCUGUCAGAAAACAGUGGGAGACUAUCACUGAAGAAGACAAGCCUGAGCAGAAACGAGUUGAAGCACUAAGGGAGAUUUGUGAAACGCUGGCACCAUGGAAACCCUCAACUCCUGAGGACGAUGAGCUGUCGGGUCAAACGAGUGGAGCGCUUUUCCAGCGAGAAGGGAGACGGCAUCUUGAAACCAACGCCCCGCUGAGCCUGACAGACUUUCAGCCGGACAGUCAGCCAAGCAGGGGUCUCAGACUGGAACAACAGGAAGACCGCGUGUCUGCUUUUGAGACAACUUUAGUCCAGCAUCAUGAAGACGGCUCAGCAGAGCCCCUGAUAAAGAGUAAAUACCAAAAACCUGCACUGGGCGCCAAAGACCAGAGGUUGAAGGUUCGUCUUCUGGAUUUUGGAGAGAGGAUUCUAGAAAAGCAAACUCAGAUACAGGCAGUUGUCCAGGGCGACGCAGUGGAGUCCAAACAGGAAGCAGAAUGGACCGUGAUUCCAGAGGCGGAGACAUCCUUUGAGCAGAAACCACUGAAGGGAUGGCCGUCUGUGGAGGAACCUGCAGACCAAAUGGAGAGUCUGAAGUCUCUGAUUGCAAAGAAAAUGGAGCAGAUCAUCAAGGAUCCUGUGGAUGUUUCCUCUCUGAAGCUGUUAAAGCCAACAAUGAUUUCUGACCUAAAGGAGAUGCAUGGGACACUUCAGGCGGGAAUGGGAUGUUUGGGACCAAUCCCUGAGGAGGAACCUCUCCAUCAGGAGUUUCACUGCAGAGUUCAUAACCUGGAGCAGCUCAGACAACAGGUUGAGGAAGUUCAAACUGUUUUUCACACUCUGGAUCAGUUCCUGGCUUUGCUGAGAGACGUCAAAGCUGAGAUGUCAACGUGCAGGCCUGAAGAUGAAGUAACCUGGCAGCAGGAGAAGUUCCAGCAUGCAGUAGAACUAGCAGAUGUUCUGGACAGGAGUUUGAAGGCAGCAGGGAUUACUCUGACCAUGGCUGGUGCAGCAGUGACGACCCAAGAUGUAGUAAGAUUUGUGUCUGAAGAUCUGGAAUUACGGAGUAAGAUGGUGACCAGAAGAAAACUUAAAGAGGAACAACAGAUGGAGGUCGAGGAUCUCUUAGAAAUUCUCAACACGGAUACAUCAAAACCACGUGAGCGGCGGGAGUCUUUCCCUCUAAGAGGCGUUGAUGAAGACUUGGGCCUGGAGGUCAAAAGAAGAAGGCAGGAUGAAGAACACCAUGCAAAGUCUGGGCCACAGACAUCUGAGGUGGACCUCCUGAAACCCAAAGAACAGAGAACAAAAAGAAGAAGCAGCCAGAUAGAGAAAGAUGGACCAGAAGAGUUGGGUUUAAUGAAGAGACAAGCAGUGUUGUUGGCAAAACUGAGGGAGAUGAAGGUCAUGGUGGAGCGUCUGGAGCUACAGGAGCCAAGCUUACCAGCUCUGCAGCAGAGGACCCGGGUCUUGACUGAGCUGGAAAGUCUUCUCGCUGCCCUCCUCCCUGAAGUCCAUCACACAUGUGGCACCCCCCCACCAUCAGAAAUCCUUCAUGUGGAUCAGUCCAGAGAACUGGAGGAGCUCUGGGAGGAGACGAAGAAAGCUGUUGUAGAACGGCUGGAGCAAUGCUCAGCCCUGACGGAGCUGCUGAGGAGGUUCCAGAGCGUCCGUGCAGAGAUGAGUGGGACCAUGCAGAGAGCCGAGGGCGCCAUCAGCCUACAGGCCUCCUACGUGGGGAAGGAGAACCUGCUGAGGCUUCAUGCAAAGCUCAAAGAAACCCGGUCAGAACUGAACAAUCUCGGGGAGAACAUUGAGGAUCUCCGCAGAGUCUGCAGGCAGCUCCACGCUCUCCUCCGCCAGGUUCCCGGCUGCACCGCCGCCCCGUUCGAGGGCGAGGCAGAAGCUUUCAUGGACCGUUGGUUGGAUGUGUCAGAGAGAACGGAGUCCAGCCUCGAUAAUCUGCAUCACUGCUUGACUCUGUGGGAUGGAGUUCUUCAUCUCGGGAUGGAAGUGAGCUCCUGGACAGACCGCAAGCUGGAAGCGUUUGCUCAGUCUCCAUCGUUUGAGGAGGAGAUAGAAAUCGAGACAUUAAAGAACAAGAUUUUGACUCAAGAAGAGACUAUCGAGCACUUCCACAGAAGAGCGUUGGAGAUUCAGUCUCUGCUUCACAGUGUGGACGUCCCUCUGGAACUGCAGGUGUUCCAGACUCAGAUGAAGAAGAAAUUAGCUGAGCUGAAGGAUCUUGUUUCUGAAGCGGAGGAGGUUUAUAAACAGACGGUUUCCACUAAAGGACAGAUUACUGGAAGGAUGACGGAGUGUUUGAGCUCCCUGCAGAAGAUCCAAGACUCCCUCCUCGCUCUUGGUGGAGCGGAUUUUGCUACAGUGCUCACCAAACUGAAGGAAUUAAGUUGGCAGCUUCAUUGUCUGGAUGAAGAAGCUGCCAGUGUGGGGGAAGACGUGCGACUUCUGGGCUCCAUAGUGAGUCCAAAGAGCCUCCAGGAUUUGUUGGAGAUGGAGUCUGAGUUUCAAGAGAAAGUCAGGAACACUCACCAGAUCUUUGGGGAAGUGGAGGAGCAGACAGAGAGAAACAUUCAAGAUCUGAACAGAUCCAUCAGUUUGACUCCUGAGGAUGCGGUCGACGGCUCCCAGCAGGUUACUCAGCUCCAGGACCACAAGAGGGCGACAGAGAUCCAGCUCACAGCUCAGCUGGAGGGGAAUGGUGCUCUGGCUGAGAACACGCAGCAGAGGAACGUCACGCAGGAUCCGGCUCGCCUUCAGGAGGAGGAGGAGGAGGAGGAGGAGGAGGAGGAGGAGCUUCCUGCAGAUUUCAGCGGUUUCAGGUCUGCUGCAGUUCAAAAGAAACUGGAGUUUGAUGAAAAUGUAGCAAAGACGUUUGGAGAUUUUAGCAGCCGCCUUGAUGGAUGGAGCCAAACAGAAACCACCAACUCUCAGGUGGAUGUGGAUGAAGGUUUGCUCCCAGAGCGAUCCCUACAGGAAGUUCUGGUGGAGCCCAGCUUUCUCCUCAGCUGUCUGCGGGACGAAGAGGCGUCCAGUCUGGAGAGAAGAGGUCAGUGA